AAAAUAAUAAUUAUAAAGCCCAGAAUGCAAUGUUAAAGUCAGAUUUUCGAGACCACUGGCGUGCAGUCAUUAUAAAUUAGUAUAUUGCAAUUAAGAAGUUGAAAUUACUGUGCUUUUUAAACCAUUCACCAGUGUUGAACGAUUUCGUAACACUGAUACCCUAGAUACACUCUAUCUUUAUCAGUGACGUUAUGGGUUUUGAAACAUUAAAAUAGAAAUGUGAAAACCCAAGCGUUACCAUAAUUAAAUUUAUUACAUUCUUUCGGAUAUGUUGUAACGUCUUUUCAGAAUGUCAGACAAGUACUACCGGCUAGUAACCUUUAUAAUAAACAUAUGCCCAAAGCCUUUACGUGAGCUAUUUGUCACUAAGGCAAAGGCUGACUACACUGAACGAAACCUACAUUACAUAGACUUGGAAGAGUACCUUAAGUCCCGAAAACCGGAUAUUGAUAUAUCAUUCCGACGUUCUAAGAUCACUUUAGACCAGUUUGGCUAUAUCUUCCCGUCAACCGGGUGCGUGAAUAUCCAAAUAUGGGACGUUACUUUACUCACAACACUAUUGCGACGCUUAUUUGGAAACAAGUUAAAACAAGUUGAAAGAGACUGCAUCGAUGUCAUCACAAAUAUCAGAAAUAGCCUGCAACACAUUGCAAAUACCGAAAGUAUUGUUGAUCAAGAUUUUAACUCUUCAUGGAGUGCCCUUAAGGAUGCUGUACUUACCUUGUCAAAGAAUGCAGGUUCACCUCAACAAAACUCUAUUGAAGAGGAAAUAAAUUCGGCAUUCACUGGAAAUAUGCCAGAUCUUGGGGAUGUUCUACGUACUUGGCACAAAGUCUUGUAUGUGCAGCUUCAACUGCAAAACUCGGGGCUUGAAAAGAAGCUUACGCACCUUCAACAGCAAAACACGGAGCUUGAAAGAAAGCUGGAACUUCAGACAGCCGAGAUACAGGAUCUGAAGGGAGAAUCUAAAAUAGCAAAUAAAAUUCUGUCAAAAGUAGCUGUAAAACGUAAAGGACGCACGGGUGUUCCAGAAAAAAGGAUGAAAAUCGUAGACAACAAGGUUGAAAGGAUGAGAGCAAACAUUAGACGAUCAUUAGAAGAGCAAAAUGAUUGUAUCGAAUCUUUCAAAGACGAUAUUUCGUUGAUAACCCAACAGCUUACUGACAACCAUCGCGUUAUCGUCACUGGUCAUGACAACUCAUUGACUUACAAAUGCGCACUUGCGGUAAUACAAGAUAGAAAAUACCAACGUCCUGACCAAUGUUUAGAGAUCAACAACCCAUCCGACUGGAAACGGAUCUGUUCCGAGGAUGCACAGUUUGUACUAUUCCGUGAACCGUUUGGUAGGGCAGCGUACGAUUCACACAAGGUUGAAGCCAUGCUGGAAGAGUUUGACAGUAUGAUAGAUGCAACAAAUGACGAUAAUGAUAAUGUUAUUGAUAUUGUCAUAGUAACCAACCUGAGACUUCUCAAUGAAGUAAUAAGACAUCAUGACCAUGCUAUGUUAUCUACAUCAUCAACGGUUUAUAUAGACUCUUCAGCAGACAUGAAUCAAGAAGACACAUGUGCCACCGAGGAUACAGUCUACAGAAAUCUUUUUGAGUUUUCAAAAGUUUAUCGUCAGAGCUACACAGGUAAGACGAUUAACAAAGAAGUCAAAGACGAGGCUGAAAAGAUGUUUAUAGAGUACAGUACAGUUGUCAUUGUCGGAUCUGCCGGAAGUGGGAAGACAUGCUUGUCAUUUAAGCUGCUGCCAGCAUACGAUCUCAGCAAUGGAGAAGAAAACUUUCUUGUCAUAAUGGAUCCGGGAGAACUGAAGUAUGUCAAGUUUUCUUUGCGGCCAGUGAUAAUUAUCAAACCUUUGGCUGGUAUGGGCUUCGACAAAGUAGAGGCAUGCAAAUGGUACAGGCAAUUUGACAGGUUGUUUGCAGCUGUACAGGAAAAGAAGGUUGCCGUUAUCAUUACGAUGGAAACAGAUGUCUUCCGAAUGUGGGAAGAAAAUAUGCCGGCUCAUCAUUUGUUAGAUCGUGUUGUGUACAUGGCGGGCACUCGUGCUAAGGAGAUGGAGAAAUAUAAACAAGACAACGUUCAAAAUGGAUUACAAACAGAGAAAACAAGUCAUUAUGAUGAAAUAUCGAACAGUGCAUCGAGGGAUGUGAUAAGGUAUGUCGAGUCUGUUCGAGAUUAUGGUAUAGGAUCAGAGAGAUUCUGUCACAUUACAGGUUGUUGUGUGUUACCUACAGGCCAUAUUUUAUUGACUGAUAUUACAGGUAAAAAACUAAUAAAAAUGGAUAGAUAUUAUAGUGUUCUCAAUACCUGUGAUUUGCCGGAACAGCCUCGUGAUGUGUGUUAUAUUGAUAGUAAUGUGGCUGUGGUAGCACUGAAUGGUCAGAAACUGCAGUUUGUAGAUGUAAAAGAAUGGUUGACCCUGACCAAAUCAGUGAAUACAGACUAUGCAUGUAAUGCUGUGGCCUGUCAUGGUAACAAGCUGUAUGUUACAAGCGAUGAUUCCGUGCAUGUCUACACAACAGAUGGUGAAUAUCAAAACGUUCUUUAUACAGCAGAUUCUGACAAGGAUGGUAAUGAGUUCUUCAAUGUUGCAGUAAGUAAUGACGGUCGUAUGGUAUAUAUCACAGAGCUUUACAACGGUCUGGUUACUAUUGACAGCUCAGGAAAUCGUUUAUGUAUAUUAACUGAUCUAGCAGGUAAUGGAACAGUGGAAGAUGUGUGUGUGAAUGAUCAAGGUCAUGUUUACGUUCUUUGUGGGGAUGGAGAGGACUCUGCAAUAGUGCAAGUAAGUGCAGACGGCAGGCAGAAUCUCGGAACAAUAUUGAAACUUGAUGAUGAUUAUGAGUCGAUACAGUUUGAUAGGAUGAAGCCUGCCUUGUUAGUAGCAGGAAUGUCAAACAAGUUAAGAGUUUUAACACUACAUUGAUAACACAUUUCUACAUUGAAAUAUGUUUGAAAUCUCUAAAUUUGAUUACAGCUGGAA